UUUUGAUAAACAUCUUUUAACAUCGUCAUUGUUUCUAACAUGAAAGGGGCUGUACCUCUGCUGGACAGCACUGUAAGCAACCGACGACGUCACCAAAAACAGCUACCCAGUUGUUUUGGGAGAAGAAGAAAAGGGUUACAAGCGGAAGAAACACCGGAUUUGGUUUCGGAUAGUAUUCGGUCUAUGUUCCUGCCUUAGUUUUUAAAAUACAUUUUGGACAAUGUCAACCCCGGCAAGGAGACGGCUUAUGAGGGAUUUUAAAAGACUUCAAGAAGAUCCUCCCACUGGUGUGAGUGGAGCACCAUCAGAGAACAAUAUCAUGCUUUGGAACGCAGUUAUUUUUGGGCCUGUGGGAACACCGUUUGAAGACGGAACAUUUAAGCUGCUGAUAGAGUUUUCAGAGGAGUACCCAAACAAACCUCCCACAGUUCGGUUUGUCUCCAGAAUGUUUCACCCAAAUGUUUAUGCAGAUGGCAGUAUUUGUUUAGACAUCCUUCAGAACCGCUGGAGCCCCACAUACGAUGUGUCGUCCAUACUCACCUCCAUCCAGUCGUUGCUGGAUGAGCCAAACCCCAAUAGCCCGGCCAACAGUCAGGCCGCACAGCUCUAUCAGGAAAACAAGAGGGAGUACGAGAAGAGGGUGACGGCCAUCGUGGAGCAGAGCUGGGUGGACGUCUGAGCUUCCCUCAUCUCCACCAACCUCUCUCCAUCAUCCUUUUAGUCUUUCAUUUUUACCUCAUCAAGAAAAAACAGCAACCAUAUUGGAAGUACUCAAGUGCCACCCUGAAAAAAGGAAUUAAAAAAACAAAAACAUCAAGAGAACAACCAAAUCAGAAUGGACAUUAACUUGCUUUUCAAUACAUUUAAGGAUAAAUAGGGAGGGGAAAUCAAUCUUAUAUUUGUGUUUUUGUCCUAAUUUUACUUUUUUUAUUGCAUGAUGUGAAAUAAGUUAUUGCUAACAUAAUUUGUAAUAUAUAUUCGUUGUUUGGUUGGAUUGAGGCUGUUAAUGUUUAAGUUUGGGGUUUUUUUCCUCUUUUUUUGUAAUGUCUGCUGGUGUGCACACAACUUGACUGUUUUGGAAAGGGCAGGUUGAUGACCAAAUCCGCAUAUUUUGAAGAAUAACAACCCAGAAUAUGCCUUUCAGAGUCACUAUCAUUGUUAUUCUCCAAAGUCAGCCACAGAUGCAGCUUAUAAAGAACUAUUUCUGAUCUGUUCCAGCAUAUCUGUUAUUUUAAGAGACACCGUAGGUUUGGGCUUACAGACGUCACAGGCUGCAACAGCGCCAAGUCUCCCUUGCACUGGUGAAUCAUGACUCCCUGGCAAAGCAGCUCUGAGCUUUUAUUCCAUCGUUUCUGCUCCAAGGUAGAAGAGUAGGUUGGAGAGGGAGUGCUAUGGGAAAGUAAAUAUUAACACCAGGAUGGGACAGGAUAAACGUGGACUGUGGAUCCCAACGUGGAGAACAGGCUUAGUAGAAGAGGACGUAGGAAUUCCGGCUGAGCCAAGGAAAUACUGUAUUCACUAAAAUCAUUUAAUUUUUCUUAAGUUAGCUAAGUGAGUCCAUGUUCCCACUGCUGUCCUUUGCCCCCCGUGUCUUUCUUUAUUAAAUGUAAUCAAAAUGUGUGUAGAGCAUCGGAGCCCCUGAGCUCAGGAGUUCAACAGUACUUUUAAGAUUUUCUUGAAUGGUGGUGCUAUAUCAUUUCUAUUAUGGUGCAUUCGUGGCUAACAGGGCUUAGACGACAGCGGUAGCAAGCUGCGAAGGAGACCGGCAAAUAGAAUCAGGGUGCCGUUGGUAAAAAAAAAAAUAAGAACAUGAUUUUCUUCUACAAUAUGUUUUGUUACAGUCUGCUGGUUUUCUGUAAUACACCUUUGUUACAUUUCAUUAUUUAACUCCGAAAAAGAAGAUAAAUGCAGAACUAGAGUUGAACUGUUGUCAGCUCCCUCUGCUGACAGCUCAUCUUAGAACUGCGCCCACGUGGUUUUCCAGUUUCAUCCACCACAGAAAGCAAACGACUUUCAAAUGCUUUGUUGCCUGUGACGGUCGUAAAUGAAGAGUCAGUGCUUUUGAGCCUUCUCUUGAAAUGACACAGCUGACAUAUAAAUUAACAAAUGAGCAGAGGAUAUAAGCAGUGCAGUCCAGUCUUUUUUGCUCUAAAAGAAACAUUAGCGGAAAUGAAUUUGCAUGCAGUUUCAAGAGUGUGAAAUCACCUGUUUUGUUUGUUUCUGAUACCCUAUUAAAAGACCGCUUGAGUAUAGUCAUUACUUCACCCUGCCCAAAUCUAGCUAAAUAAUACAUGGAAAACAGUCAUCAUAAAACAAAGUGUACUCUUUUCUGAGACAGUAAAGUUCAUAUCGUGGCUAGUGACUUAUUUCACUUAAAAAGCAGAAGGGAUAUGUUAUAAAGAUUUUGUGAAUUAAACAAAAAUAUGUAUACUUAUAAGAAUAUGCUGUAUAAACAUAAUAAAACACAUUUUUCAGAGUUUGA